GAACGGAGCAAUUUCGGGCAGUCUUCCACAGUGUUCUCCCGUGGCCUGCACCUACAAUUUGCCAAGUGCGGCCGGCGUCCAACACAAUUGCACCAACGUCACGACCGGGAGCACGUGCCUGGCUACGUGUACGACAGGCGGCUUUGAGUAUGCAUCCGGCGGCGCCACAGAGUUCACAUGCAGGCCCUCCGGGGCUUUCAGUGGCCUCAACCCUACAUGUGCUCGAAUUCCAUGUGCCGACUUGGUGCUGGCUGAUCACUUCAACCAUGGGUGUCGGAACAAGUUCUUCCAAGAUACAUGUGCCGUGACAUGUGCAGCCGGCUUCACCCUUGUUGGCUCUGCUUCCCAGUACCAGUGCUCAGCAAGUGGAGUCAUCCAGGGCACCGAGCCCAGCUGUGUGCCCAAGACCUGCGAUAACAACAUACCAGAUGACUUUCUUAGCGACUGCGGUGGCAUCACCACCGGCGCAGCAUGCACGGUCCGCUGCAAGCCUGGCAUGGUGCCAAAUUCUGCACAGAUGAGUUGCCAUGCAACCGGAGCCUUGCUCGGCACUUUGCCAGUGUGUGUGCCCGACGCCUGCCCAUCUAGCACUCUUCUACAAAAUGGGGUCGGCUUGGCCCACAACUGCGAGGACGUUGUGCUCUUGACAGCAAGCAUGGCAGCGACCAACAGUAAGUUCAAUGAUAUUGCCAUGCAAUGCCCUGUCGGCUUGAACCCCAGUGAGAUGCUCGUGGACAAUUGCACGGGCCUGCGUAUGGGCUACGUUGAAUCGAAUUCCUCCAUUGCCACAUACAGCUGCUCAGUCGAGCUGACAAUGGUUGGCGGCUCACAGCUGCAAUGCCAACCGGUUUCGUGCAUGACCGACAUCCAGAUCCCAAACAUGGAACAUUCCUGCGAAGGUGUGACAGCAGGUCGAAGUUGCUUUGCUUAUUGCAAGGAAGGCUACGCUGCGGCGGAGGGAGGCGUAUUUCAGUGGACCUGUUCUGGGCCGGAGAGCAAUCAGUCAAAUGUGAGCCUCCCUGUUGAUGGAUAUGCCUUGCGCGGCACCAUCCCAGUAUGCUUGCCGCAAGUUUGCCAGUACAACAUCCCAGUGGCUGCGGAAUAUUCUCAUAGCUGCCAGAAUAUUACCACGGGUCAGGAAUGCACCGUGGAAUGUUCCGAAGGGUGGACAGGCGGCCAAGCGGUCCUUUCCUGUGGUGCCAAUGGCAUUCUUAGCGGCGCCUUGCCAACAUGUUCAACAGCAACGACCACAGCUACAACCACCACAUUUUGGGAUGGCACUGUUCGGCUCAGUGGCUCCCUCAGCUUGCGUCUAGAACAACGUCGACGACUCCAAGCAGUCCAAACAGAACUAAGCGUGGUCCAAGAUUUUGUGGAGGAUGGGAAUGUAACUGCAGGCCUUGCUGCUGCCCUGGCAACGAUGCUGAAUGCAUCAGUUGACUUGACCCUCAGCGUGGCAUCGGACAACUCCAGCAACUCCAGCGGUACGGCGUACCUUCAAUAUGCCACUGGGAUGUUCUCGGACUCAUGGGGCUAG